CAACGUAGGCUUUCUUUUGGCGAAAGAACGGAGCCUGUAUUUAUCAAGGAAGUUGAGUUAUUGCAAAAACAAAAAAGGUCUUAAACUUUUGUGGAGCACUUUUACUGGUACCGGUACCGGUACUGAUGCAUACCUAGUGAAAAUCAAAGUUUUCCAUAAAAUCCAUAGAAAAGCAUGUUAGAAAAUUCUCGGCAAAAAUACAUCGAUUUUCGUUUACGAUAUUGUCUCUUGUAUGAAUUUGAACGCGAUCGGACAUUUACUCCACAUUUUUCAAUAAGUUGAAAAAUGAAGAUAGUAGGAUCAUUCAGGUGACAGAAAUUGAGAUUUAACAUUUACUCUUUCUUGCAUCUUAAAAAUAAUCUCAUCUAUUUUAUUCUCACAGGUAAAGAAGGACGUCAUCCAAUAUCAGAGGAAAUAAUUGAUCCUGAUCCAGAUAGAAAAUAUGCUUAUGUAUUUCUUAAAAAUGAAACUUUUCAAUAUCCUGAAUUAUGGAAAAAGAAAAAACCACACGAAGAAUUGGUGCAAGAAGAAAAACGUAUGGCAAAUUUAUCUAAUAAACAAGCGAACAUAACCGCACAUAGACCGGGCCUUACGAACUGGUUCAGAUAG